CUGGAAGCGCCGCGGCGCCGCUGUCGAGCUUCCUGCGGCGGCGGCGGCCACCCGGGCAAGUGCCGUGGCGGGGGCGGAGAGCGGCCACGGCGGCGGCGCUUCUCCGACUGGCCCGCGACGGUCGGCCCCGCGCGAAAGAUAAUCAAGUUGUACUAGUACAGCCAUAUAAAUAAUUAACACCUGAAGUCUCAGUAUAACUUGGAUAUUAACAGUGAUGACAGAUAAAUACAGACGCUUGGGAAUCAAAUUCUAGGCGAAACACUUUUUAAAAGAAAGGAAUUUAGGAGGUUCUAGUAUUCUCCAUGGCUGAAACUGAGAGUCUGAAACCCUGAUGCUUAAGCUCUAUUCUAGAUCAUAGCUCCAACUCCUUCAUGAUAUAAGGAAAAGAAAUAAUAUUUCUACAAUCAUAGAUCUUUGGUUGUACAGGUUUCCCAAUGAGUGGAUCAUGAUGACCGUAUUGUAGGGACUUGCCAUAGUAUGGCUGCUUCCCGAUCUACUCGCGUUACAAGAUCAACAGUGGGGUUAAACGGCUUGGAUGAAUCUUUUUGUGGUAGAACUUUAAGGAAUCGUAGCAUUGCUCACCCUGAAGAAAUCUCUUCUCAUUCUCAAGUACGAUCUAGAUCACCAAAGAAGAGACCAGAGCCUGUGCAAAUUCACAAAGGAAGUAAUAAUGGAAGAACUACUGAUUUAAAACAGCAGAGUACUCGAGAAUCAUGGGUAAGCCCUAGGAAAAGAGGACUUUCUUCUUCUGAAAAAGAUAACCUAGAAAGGCAGGCUAUUGAAAAUUGUGAGAGAAGGCAAACUGAACCUGUUUCUCCAGUUUUAAAAAGAAUUAAGCGUUGUCUUAGAUCUGAAGCACCAAACAGUUCGGAAGAAGAUUCACCUAUAAAAUCGAACAAGGAGUCAGUAGAACAGAGGAGUUCAGUAGUGGACAAUGAUGCAGAUAUUCAAGGGACUAAACGAGCUUGUCGAUGUCUUAUACUGGAUGAUUGUGAGAAAAGGGAAAUUAAAAAGGUGAAUAUCAGUGAGGAAGAGUCACUUAAUUCUGCUGUGGUUGAAGAAAUCACAGGCUACUUGACUGUCAAUGGUGACUCACCUGUUGUAAACUGUGAUGACUGUCAGCCUGAUGGGAACACUAAACAAAAUAGCACUGGCUCCUGUGUGUUGCAGGAAAAAUCAGUAGCUGAAAAUGGGGAUUCAGACACUCACACAUCAAAGUUCCUUGAUAGUAGGAAGGAAGACGGUUAUGUAGACCAUAACGUGCCUUGCACAAAUUCAGAAGUGCAGGUCAAAUUGGAGGACCACAAAGCAGUAACUGCCUGCCUUCCUGUGGAACAUGCUAAUCAGCUGGCUACUGCACCAGCUGCAGGCCACUUCUCUGAAAGUCAGUCCUCUGUAAGGGAUUCUGAGGAGGAAGUAGAUGUGGUGGGAGAUAGCGCCUCAAAAGAGCAGUGUAAUGAAAACACCAGUGACUCUUUGGACACAUGUCUUAACAGCAUGCCGGUUUCUGGAGAAACAGAACUAUCAUCUGUUCUAGACUGUACUUCAGCUCAAACAAUGUCUUUAUCAGAACCUCAAGAACAUCGAUAUACUCUGAGAAUUUCACCACGAAGGGCACCCCCCACCAGAGGUAGUCCUAGUAAACACAGUUCUCCUUGCAGAGAAAAUGGACAACUAGAGGAGAAUAAUCUUAGUUCCAAUGAAACAAGCGCAGUGGUUAGUGAUAAUGUGAGUGAGUCUGUCACAGAUCCUGAUGAGAUUUCUCAGAAUGAAAAGAGAGUAUGUUGUGACUCUGAAAAUUAUGGGAUUGAAGGACUAAAUAAGCCAUCCACAGAGGCGAGACUCAAUGUUGGACAUUUGCCACCUGCCAAAGAGAGUGCCAAUCUGCACAUUACAGAAGAGGAAGAUGAUGAUCCUGAUGUUUAUUACUUUGAAUCAGAUCAUGUGGCACUGAAACACAACAAAGAUUAUCAGAGACUGUUACAGACGAUUGCUGUACUCGAGGCUCAACGAUCUCAAGCAGUCCAGGAUCUUGAAAGUUUAGGCAGAUACCAGAGAGAAGCACUAAAAAAUCCCAUUGGAUUUGUGGAAAAACUCCAAAAGAAGGCUGAUAUAGGACUUCCAUACCCACAGCGAGUUGUCCAAUUGCCCGAGAUUGUAUGGGACCAAUAUACCAAUAGCCUCGGGAACUUUGAAAGAGAAUUCAAAAAUCGUAAAAGACAUUCUAGGAGAGUAAAGCUAGUUUUUGAUAAAGUAGGUUUACCUGCUAGACCAAAAAGUCCCUUAGAUUCCAAGAAGGAUGGGGAGUCCCUGUCAUACUCUGUGUUGCCUUUGAGUGAUGGUCCAGAAGGCUCAAACAGUCGUCCUCAGAUGAUAAGGGGACGCCUGUGUGAUGAUACCAAGCCAGAAACAUUUAAUCAGUUAUGGACUGUUGAAGAGCAGAAAAAACUUGAACAGCUACUCCUAAAAUAUCCCCCUGAAGAAGUAGAAUCUCGACGCUGGCAAAAAAUAGCAGAUGAACUGGGCAAUAGGACAGCUAAGCAGGUUGCCAGCCGAGUACAGAAGUAUUUCAUAAAACUAACUAAAGCUGGCAUUCCAGUCCCUGGCAGAACACCAAACUUAUAUAUAUACUCCAAAAAGUCUUCAACAAGCAGACGACAGCACCCCCUUAAUAAGCAUCUCUUUAAACCUUCCACUUUCAUGACUUCCCAUGAACCACCUGUGUAUAUGGAUGAAGACGAUGACCGACCCUGUUUUCAUAGCCACAUGAACACUACUAUGGAGGAGGCAUCAGAUGAAGAAAGUAUUCCUGUCAUGUGUAGAAAUCUACCUGAAUAUAAAGAACUAUUACAGUUUAAAAAGUUAAAGAAGCAGAAGCUACAGCAGAUGCAAGCUGAAGGUGGAUUUGUACAACACAUAGGUUUCAAGUGUGAUAAUUGUGGCAUAGAACCUAUCCAGGGUAUUCGGUGGCACUGCCAGGAUUGUCCUCCAGAAAUGUCUUUGGACUUCUGCGAUUCUUGUUCUGAUUGUCUACAUGAAACAGAUAUUCACAAGGAAGAUCACCAACUAGAACCUGUUUAUAGGUCAGAGACAUUCUUAGACAGAGACUACUGUGUGUCUCAGGGCACCAGCUAUAAUUACCUUGACCCAAACUACUUUCCAGCAAACAGAUGACAUGGAAGAGAACAUCACACACUAGUCCUCUUCAACACAUAGCAAUGGUAUCAUUGUGAAUUAUGUGCACAGUUUGGAAAGAUGCUCUGCUUUCCCUGAAAUGACACUCAACAGCAUGACAGCUUCCUGAGUGUUCUCGUCAAGUCCAGCUCUGCACCGUGUGGCUCUUGAUCACUGUUGAGCAGCUGAACAAUCCUGGUGAGCAGAGGGUUUCCCUGGUAAAUUGCUUACCACCAGAAAGCUUUGUAGGUGGUGAUCUUAAAUGGGGGAGAUGGAAACAAGAGCACACAUUAAGGAGAGAGAAAUUCCAAAGGUUUCAAAGAACUUGGUCAUAAUAUGAUACUGAGAAGACAAAGUAUUUAUAUUCAAACAGUUCAGUAGCUUUCAGUUUUGUGAAAAUAGUUUAUCAGCACAGAAACUGACUUUAGAAAAAGUUUUAACCAAUGAUGGUGUUUGCUUUUAGAAUAUACACUUUAAAGGAACUCACUGUCCCAGUGGUGGCCACUGAUUGGCCUUUAGUAAAUUGGAGCUGCUUAACCAUAUUGAUGUCUAAUUUGUUUUAACCACAACGAACUGUCCUUAUUAUCAACAGAGAAGCACUACAGGAGGCAAAUGUGGCAUUGCUUCCUUAACCAGCUCACGGUGUGUGAAUGUUAUAAAAUUGUCACUCAAAUAUAUUUUUAAAAUGUAAUGUUAUAUAAGAUGAUCAUGUGAUGUGUACAAACUAUGGUGACAAGUGCCAGUGGUAGUAACUGUGUAAAGUCCCUAAUUCACAAUAUUAAUUCCUUUAUCUUACACAGCCUUCUGCCUCUGUAUUUGGAGUUGUUGGUGCAACUCAUAAAAGAAAACUGCCUAAUAUAAAAAUCAUAUAUAUGGUAAUAAUUUCCCUCUUUUGUAGUCUGCACAAGAUCCAUAAAAGAUUGUAUUUUUAUUACUAUUUAAACAGGUGAUUAAAUUUAGUCUGCGCGGUGAGCAAGAGUUCACAUGCAUUCUUUUAUACUGCUGGAUUUUGUUGUGCAUCAUUUAAAAAAACAUUUUGUAUGUUUCUUCUUAUCUGUGUAUACAGUAUGUUCUUGAAUAAUGUUCAUUUGUCAGGAGAACUGUGAGAAAUAAACUAUGUGGAUACUGUCUGUUUAUAUUCUAGAA